UUUCCUCUACUGGACUUUUGUUGCACAUCCAUCUCCGAAACAUUCGAGGUGUUAUUAGCAUGUCCACCCUGCCUACGUCAUCAUACGCACGCAUAGCUGAGAGAUCGAAACACGUACAAAAGCGAAGAGGAAGCGAGUGAACUUAUGAAGCUAGCAUACGCGAGCUGAUCAAAGAGGGAAAUAGCUAGAAGAAGAGAGCUCGAGGGAAUAAUCGGUCUGUCAGGCAUGGAGGAGCUCGCGGAGCUGGGGCAUCUGCUGGUCUUCGCCUUCCUCUUCUUCUUCGCCACCUUCAUGGUCGGGCCGGUGAUGACCGACGUGACGAUGGAGGCGCUCUGCCCCGGCCGCGACGAGUGCUCCCUCGCCAUCUACCUCACCGGCCUCCAGCAAGCUGUUACCGGCCUGGGUGCUCUUGUGGUGACUCCGAUCGUCGGCAACCUGUCAGACAGGUACGGCAGGAAGGCGUUGCUUGCGAUCCCUGCGACCGUUUCCAUCGUGCCACUGGGGAUCCUGGCGUACGACCGGACGAAGGCGUGCUUCUACGCGUACUACGUAACAAAGACCCUGACGGCGAUGGUCUCCGAAGGCAGCAUGCAGUGCCUCUCGCUUGCUUACGUGGCUGACAGGGUACCCGAGACGCGGCGGGCGGCGGCCUUCGGCGUCUUCUCCGGCGUCUGCACGGCCGGCUUCGUCUUCGGCACCAUAGCCGCCCGCUUCCUCCCUGUCUCGUCCACGUUUCAGGUCUCCGUGGUGGCUGCCGUGGCAGCCGCGGUGUACAUGAGGGCCUUCCUCCAGGAGACGGACAGCGGAGCCUCGUCGUGCAGCAGAGACGAGGAGGCCUGCUACCGUCCACUCUGCACUCCCUCCUCCUCCAGCGAGGAAGCGUCGCCAAGGCUCCCGCCUCUUCGAAAAGCGCCGUCGCUGUCGGCGAUGGCCGCCCUUCUUACCAGCAGCUCAACCUUCUCGAGAGCAGCGGUUGUCACAUUUUUCCACGGCCUUGGUGAGACAGGCCUGCUAACUGCACUAAUGUACUUCCUCAAGGCAAAAUUCCACUACAGCAAGAACCAGUAUGCUAAUUUGCUGCUUAUUAUUGGCAUUACAGGAAGCCUCUCACAGCUAACCGUGAUGCCACUCCUAGUGCCAAAGCUUGGUGAGCAGAAGCUACUUAUCAUAGCACUCAUAGCGAGCUGCGUGCAUGGAUUUCUAUACAGCAUCGCAUGGUCAUUCUGGGUCCCUUAUCUUGCUGCAAGCUUUGUAAUAUUAAGCUUGUUGGUCACCCCUUGCAUACGAAGCAUCGUAUCAAAAAAGGCGGGACCUUUUGAGCAGGGAAUGGUCCAAGGGUGCAUCACUGGAAUAAGCUCAACUGCAAACCUGAUAUCUCCUCUAAUUUUUACUCCUCUCACAGCUUGGUUUCUAUCAGAAACUACACCUUUCAACUUUAAAGGCUUCAGCAUUGCCUGCUCUGGAUUUGCGACGCUUGUAGCGCUUGCAAUGAGCAUAAAUAUGAGGUCGGCUAAAGUUCAACAGCCAGACGAGAUAUAGAUGAGCUAUCGUGUAUUCUAUGUUUGUGAUAUAAAACAAGUGAAAUAGAUGUCUUUCUAGCUCAGGUCAGGUGUCUUCUUGUUUUUGUCA